UUGAUGCUCCUAUACGGCGCCCAAUUCUAAUUCUCAGAGCCCAAAUCCCAAUAUAUUAAUAGUCUAUGUCCAAUAAGCUCAGAAGGCCCAAACAAUUGCUGUUGGGCUUUGUGUUUCACUGAUAAUUGCAGUUCUCAGAGACGGUGGUCGGUAGAGGAGGCCGGAAGGUGAAGGGGGAAAGCAUGGCGACGGCGGCGGUGGAGGAGCAAGAGCUGGAUCCAUCGCUGCCGGCUUGCGUGAACCUGAUUUCAGCGAUUCUGGCGAUGGAGCCUUCCGAUUUGGUGAUCUCACAUGCCAGGGCGUGUGGUGGAGGCUCAAUUACAGAGUCAGUUCAGAAGUUCAUCUGGGACCAUUGCCUUUCCACUCCUGGUGAUUUUUAUGCUCCUUACUUGAAGAUUUUUCUCAAGAAACUUAUAAGUGAAGUUGAGUUUGAUCAUGGCUAUGUUUUGGACUACUUGUACGAGCUUUAUGCUCAGUACAUGACAUCUUUCAAGGAUGACAGUUUUGGCAAAAGAGAUACAAGAGUCUGCAAAAGAAUUUCGUAUAUUUUUCCUGAUGGUUGUUCUGAACUACAAAGCAAGCAGCACUCAAGAGCGUUGGUGUUUACCUUACAGUGUUCUCUUAAUAUGCUUGAAGGUGAUACAGGGUGUUCCAUAUGGCCAUCAAGUCUGUUUCUAUCCGAGUUAAUACUUUCUCAUCCAAAGUUGUUUUCUAAUAAAUCUUGCUUUGAGAUUGGCUCAGGAGUUGGCUUAGUUGGAUUAUGUCUUGCACAUGUGAAAGCUUCCAAGGUGAUAUUAAGUGACGGGGACUUAUCAACUCUAGCUAACAUGAAGUUUAAUUUGGAGUUGAACCACCUCAAUAUCGAAACUGACAUGCCACAAGGAAGUGAAGAUCCAAGCAUGGUAAAAUGUAUGCAUCUGCCAUGGGAAUCUACAUCAGAGAGUCAACUCCAGGAUAUUGUGCCAGAUGUUGUCUUGGGUGCAGAUGUGAUAUAUGAUCCUGUUUGCCUUCCACAUCUUGUUCGAGUACUAGCCAUUCUUCUGAAUAGAACGAAAUCAGAUUCUUGCAAACCUGAAAAUGGAGAUGCUUGUGAUGAAUCCGAAGCACCAGUGGCCUACAUUGCAUAUGUUAUCCGGAAUAUUGAGACAUUCGAUUAUUUUCUUUCGCUGGCGAAGCAGGCUAACCUUGAUAUUAUGGACCUAUCAGAUUCGCUGAAACCUCUAAAUCUCCUCCGGUACAUGCAGCCAUACAAUCAAACUCAUGUAAAACUGUUAAGCAUCAGAUCAGAGAUGGUGGGAAGUGAAAUAGUGGAGGUGAUUCACUCAUGGUCUGCACCAAGAUCCUUAAGUACUAGUACCAUGUAUUCUUUUGCUCAGAGGGAUGACAUAGAAGUUCUUGAUGAGCCUCUCUAUGCAAAUUUCCUUCGAGUUACUGGUCUUGAUAGACCUUACAGGAAAGAACUACUCUCCAAAAUGGAAUCUGAUGGAAAUAAGGUGGUUAAUGAUAUAAUUUUUGGUCCAGGAAGGAAGAAGUAUAGAUAUUGUAAGCACAUAGCAAAGCAAAGGGUACCAGGUUUGACAAAUGAUCUAAUGAAGAAAGGGAAACACUUCAUUCUGAUCAGAAAUCCUCUUGACAUUUUGCCAUCAUUUGACAAGGUAGUGCCUCCAUCUUUCUUUGAGCUGGGAUUGGCAGAGCUUCUCUGUAUAUACAACGAGCUUCGCGAGCUAGGCAAGUCGCCGCCGGUUAUUGAUGCUGCAGACCUUCAACAACAUCCUGAGGCUACUCUGCGAGGUCUUUGUGAUGAUUUGGAGAUCCCUUUUCAACCUACCAUGCUCAGUUGGGAAGCAGGUCCAAAAUCAAUAGAUGGCUUAUGGGCACCUUGGUGGUAUGAAUCUAUUCAUAAAUCUACUGGUUUUAACCAAGCAAAAAGGUAUCCUCAGACAUUUCCAUUUUCUCUGUAUGAUUUGUUGGAGCAAAGUCUACCGUUGUACAAUAUGCUUCGACGCCAUGUGAAGAAGAAGCAAUCAUCACUUCUAAGCCCUCCUUUACCACUUCCUGACCUUCCUGUUCCUACAAAUGAGAAAAUUCUUGUUUGGGUUGGUGAUGAGAUUGUGCCGCGUGAUAGCGCAAAGGUAUCUGUGUUUGAUUCGGUUGUCCAAGGCGGCGACUCGGUUUGGGAGGGUCUUAGAGUGUAUAAUGGCAAAAUAUUCAAGCUUGAAGAACAUUUAGACAGGAUGUUUGAUUCAGCAAAAGCUUUGGCUUUUGAAAAUGUUCCAACUAGAGAUGAGAUUAAGGAUGCAAUUUUCAGAACCUUGAUUAGGAAUGGCAUGUUUGACAAUUCACACAUCAGACUAUCUCUAACAAGAGGGAAGAAGGUCACUUCUGGGAUGAGUCCAGCUUUCAAUCUAUAUGGAUGCACAUUAAUUGUGCUGGCUGAAUGGAAGCCCCCAGUAUAUGAUAAUACACGUGGUAUCGUUCUUGUAACUGCUACAACCCGGCGUAAUUCACCUAAUAGUUUGGACUCAAAGAUUCAUCACAAUAACCUCCUCAAUAAUAUACUUGCAAAGAUUGAAGGCAAUAACGCAAAAGUAGAUGAUGCAAUUAUGCUAGACAAAGAUGGUUAUGUAUCUGAAACCAAUGCAACUAACAUUUUCAUAGUAAAGAAGGGACGCGUUAGCACUCCUCAUGCCGAUUAUUGUCUUCCUGGGAUUACUCGCGCAACGAUAAUGGAUUUGGUGGUGAAGGAGGACUUAAUCUUAGAGGAGCGAAGAAUUAGCUUAUCAGAAGUGCACACCGCAGACGAGAUGUGGACAUCAGGAACCAUGGGAGAACUAAGCCCAGUGGUGAAAGUUGAUGGACGCAGAAUUGGUGAUGGAGAAAUAGGACCUGUCACUAAAAGAUUGCAAGAUGCUUAUAAAAAUUUGACACAACAAUCAGGUGUUCCUAUACCAACUUACCUUGCAAACUGA